CGGACUGACCCGUGAGGGGAGAAGUCAUUCAGCAAAUAUCGCUCAUUAAAUUUAAAGUAGGCUAAAAUGUGGCAUGCAGUUAUAUAAACCGAAUGAAAUAAUGCGGUUUUUUUCGACACGUGUGGGAGGCUUAAUGUAGUGACGAGGAUAUUUAUAUUAAAUAUAUUAUUUAUAUAUUUAAAUGUUCAGUAUGGCGGCGCUCUUCUCUUUAAAGUGACCAUUAUUUUGGAAAACAAUCACAGCAGAGAUAAUGUUGCUCACAGCUCGCAGCCUGUCCAAAGUGCUCCAGCUCACCCUGGCGGUCAUCAAACCGGAUGCUGUAGCUCAUCCUCUGAUGUUGGAGGCUCUUCACCAGAGAAUCCUGGACAACAACUUUGUGAUCGUUCGAUACAAAGAUCUUGUUUGGAGGAGACAGGACUCUGAGAGGUUUUACGCUGAACAUUCAGGGCGAUUCUUCUACCAAAGACUUGUUGAAUUUAUGUCGAGUGGUCCAAUGCGUGCAUACAUUUUAGCCAGAGAGGACGCCAUACGUCACUGGAGGGAGCUCAUGGGACCGACCAAAGUGUUCAGAGCCAGAUUCACCUCGCCUGCCUCCAUCAGAGCUCAGUAUGGACUCACAGACACACGAAACACCACUCACGGCUCAGAUUCUGCUGAGUCAGCACAAAGAGAAAUCCUUUUCUUCUUCCCUGACUUCUGCACAGAGGAGUGGAUGGAGAAAGAAGAGCCAUCAUUCAGAUCGGGACAAAUUCAUUAUGACCAACAAAAACAAAUUCACACACUAUCAGAGCAAAGUUGACCCGAGAACUGCUGUGUUGAGCCCCUGAAGGACCACUUAGUCACUUGCAGUCAUUGUUCAUACAAAGUGCAAGCUGCAACAGAAGAUGCUACAAUGCUAAAUGCUAUAUAUGAUGCAAACUGGGGAAACCUAAAAACCCAAAAAGUGCAUGUGUAACAUUUUUGAUUUGUUCCUCAAAGUGCCAACACGUCUAUCUCAUGUUUCUGUCGUUAAACUUUUUUUUAUUUUUCUUGAAUUGAUCUCUGUAGGUUUUAGAACCUUUUGUAAAGAAAUGUCAAAUAAGCACUGACAAUGUUUAGGUCGAGUUUAUUGUCAUUAUAAAACACAAAUGACUAGAUAUGAAAAUGU